CGAAAAUAAACACUUUCUGGUACAAAAUGCAGACAUCUUAUAUAUCUACCUCAGUUUAACCAGAGACUCACGGGUAGACGAGCCGUCGAACCUUAUGCCACUCAAAAGCGUCUAAUUUAAGCUGGGAACAGAGUUUGCACAGAAGAAGCGAUAUAGCGAGGAUCUUCACCGAGGCAUAUACAUAGAAAAUGGUCGAAAAGCAAGGAUCGAUUAGGCAUGUUGUUUCGGUGAAAAGCGACCUGAAAUAUAAAGUCGCAAUUUCUUCAGAACUUGGAAGAUAUAUGAUAGCCGCUAAGGAUUUGGUUCCUGGAGAGGUGAUCCAUCGAGAGCAACCGGCGGUUGUUGGUCCAGUUGCAUUUUACGAGGGCUCCCUUUGUUUCAAUUGUCUCAAACCGAUAACAGUAACAACAUCCAAAAUUUUGCGGUGCACAAAAUGCAAAGUAGCUUCACUUUGUCAGCUGGCCUGUGAGCUGAUUUCAGGAUUUCAUAGUGACGCAGAGUGUGAACUUUUUCAAACAACUGAUCCGUGCACGCAUGAGAUUUCGAAGCAUCCGGGUACGCUGUUACCGUUACGUUUAUGGCUGCUUCAUAAAUCCCAUCCGGAAAUCUGGGAAAAUAUUCUACAGAUGGAAGACCACAUCAACGAAAGACGUGGCACCCCGGUUUGGAGGGAUAGAAAUGAAAAUGUUGUGCAAAUUCUACAGAAAUUUGGUUUGAUCGGCAACGACGGUACAGAAUUACUGCAACGCCUUUGUGGAAUUUUAGACGUGAAUUGUUUUGAGCUGCGCUCUCCGGACAACUCCAGAAACCACCUCUUGAGGGCAAUUUACGUGGAUGCCGCCCUGAUCGCCCACGACUGCAGAGGCAAUACGCAUCUCACAGUCGAUGACGAACACCGGCUCACCAUUUACGCGAGUGCUUUCAUUGCCAAGGGAGCCACAAUUUAUUUCAAUUACACCGCCUCGUUCUUGGGCACGGUCGAACGACGUGAAAGUCUUCGCAAAGGGAAAUACUUUGAAUGUAGUUGUGAAUUGUGCAGUGAUCCGUAUGAGUUGGGUUCUCAUUUGAGUUCACUAGUUUGUCCUCGCUGCCGUAAAGGGUAUGUAGUAAAUCAGAAUCCAUUGUGUGUAGAUCCGUACGGUCAAGAAGCAAAAUGGCAAUGCGGGCAAUGCAAAUCGUUACUAAGCGGCAAAGUAAUCAACACAACGUUGAACCUGAUAAUCUCGAUGGUUGAUGAUUCUGCGCAUAAUAACAUGGAGGCACUGGAAUCUCUGUUGCAAAAGUUAUUGCGAACUAUUCACACAAAUCACUAUCUUGCAUUGGAACUGAAGCAAAAAUUGUUGACCAGCUAUAGAGGAGAGUUAUCAACCGUUAACCCAGAGAAAAAGUUACUGAAAAAGAUGUUUGAUCUCUGUAAGGAAAUUUUGGAUGUACUAAAUAUUACGGAGCCAGGAAUUUCACGCCUUAAAGGCAUAACUUUGUAUGAAAUGCAUUUGCCAACGGCGAUGCUAGCGAGUAAGAGUUACAGUGCUUGCGAGAUAACCUCACUUGAAUUGGUUGAACGACUACGAAAAGCGGAAGAGUUACUCGAAAAAGCACUUUUCAAUCUUCUUUUGGAACCUGCAACAACUCCGGAAGGCCGUCUCGGUAAACGAGCUUUGCAGGAACUGAAACUUCUGCGACAAAAUAUUACCGACGUCGAGGCCUUAACCCGCAUCGACGAUGAUCAUCAUCGUUCGGAGAUACAGUGCAAAUGAAGAACCACUUGGAUUAAAUGAGGAUACAAUUUUUGUUAUUUUGAUGGACAGAUCUGAUGUCCAUGAUCUAGAUGAAAAAAGCAUUGUAAAUAUUAAAUCGCCAACUACCAGAUUUAUAAUUCGUUCUGGAGAGGAUAAUGCGCCAAGUAUUAUAAACACCCGGCAAGCAUUUGUCUUCAAGUUGGCAAUGAUUAAUUAGUAUUCAGCAUAUCAUACUACAGCAAUUUUCAUUAUGAAAAAUACCGUAGAAAUUUGUUCUCUUCAUUUUCAUAAGGUUGAAUUAGAAAUCCAUUUGGAACAAAGGGCAUGCAUUGCGGAAUUUUUUUUUUUUCAUCUCAUUAUUUUGGAAAUAUAACUAACAGUUGAUGCAACUUUGCUAUACGCUGGUUUGGCUCGGUGUGGGUUGAUGGCACAGUACACGUUGUUUCGGGUUUCCGGCUGCAGAGGUUAAUAAUUUAUCGGUACUGACGCGUUUGCGAAAAGGAACAGAGGAUAGCAUACAUAUGUAUAGAUACUCAUGUUGAACAUGAUAGUAUCUGCAGAACUUUGUCCGUUCUAUCCACCAAGUUCUAUUAACAAUCGAGUGGAUCUCUUCCACCAAAGCUAUUGUGCCCGAUAGUUACCGUAUCCAAUAGCUGCUGCAUAGAUAUAAUAUAUCUAUGGCUGCUGUGCCCAGAAAAGCCGACGACGACGUGUUGAAUCGAAGUGUAGGAUCUGUCCCCGAAAAAUCUGUGUGCAAAUGAGGUUUUCCUAUUCUAAUUGACAAGGAUUUAAGCCAGCCGAAACUAUAAAGCGCACGACUGGGAUGUUGAAAAUUAUAAACCUUAGAACCUCCGAUCGUACCGAGCGAUUAUAGCUGAAAUAACUACCCAUAAAGCACUUAAUAUGUAACAUGAAUAUGUUCGGUAGACUGUCAAAAAAAUGACUUUCCUUCUAAUAGCCACAUGAUAUUCUAUAAUUAUGUUUCGUAUUGAAAUCGUAUGGUGGGCCUCGCUAUAAAUUACAUACAAUAUUUCAUAAUCCUCUUCUGUCCUCUUGAUUAACAAUAAUUGAUUGUGUCAAUGAAAUGAAAUAAUAGGACGCCACCAUAUCACCAUAGAUAUAUGUGUACGUAGAUAUUACGAUGUAGCGAAAAAAAGUGCUGCGUCGUAAUAGAUAUUCUAGUAUCGCGCGCGAGACGACUGUAGUCGGCGCGCUCGGCGAAAAUCUCAUUUUUGAGAAUUUUGCUUCAGAACGCUAUUUUACUUACAGAAUUAUCUAAUACCCCAUAAUUUGCUGAACAGGCCGAUAUAAUAUUUCGAUGAAACUGUUCGACUUGACCGACAGAUAUGUGACCGAACGAACUUAAUUUACGUAUCCGUAAAUUUUCAACGUUAGAUUCAGGUAUACAUGGUGGUUUUACCCAUGAUGAAUUAUUUCAGUAU